GGAAGAACAGAUAACAGAGAUCAAGAACAAUAAUUGACGAUUGCUUCAUAGAAAUAAAGCAAUUUUUUUUGUUUUUUUGUUUUUUUUUUGUUUUGUGAUAAAGAUGGAAGAGAAAAAAGUAUGAGUAUAAGAUGAAAAGUAGAUGGAAAUAAAUGGUAAGUGAUGAUGCUACUGCAAACAGAGAUUUUGAUUUGGUUUGAUAGCAACGCUUAAUCCGUUCAUUGGCCUCCCCCUCUGCAUGUGCGAGCUGAAGAUUGGCUCCAGCAAGUCGCCCCCGCGUUUUCUGAAACCGCCCGCUCUAUGAUCCACUGAAGAACCAAAUAUUUUUGCGGUUACUGAGUGGACUUUACAGAUUCCAUUUUCGAACUUCGAAACUUGGUCGCCGGAGGGAGAUUUCGUCGCUUCAGCGAUAGCGAUUUGGAUGAGAUUGGUGAUAUGGAUUUGGAUUACAUUGUGAAGUUUAUGUUUAAAAUGAUUUUCGAAUCGGGAAUGGAAGUGUAGUGUACUGGAUUUUGUGCUUGUUUAAGGGUCUGUGAAUUGGACUAUGGCUUCACCUUCUCCUUCUCCGGCGGCGGAGUCUGCCAUAUCUUCCUCAUCUCCUACAUCUUCUGAGCCUAAUCAGUCUGGUGAACCUCCUUCUUCAUCUUCUAGUUCUUCAGCUCCGCCUCCUCAGUCACCACCACCAGCAGUUUCUGAUGCUCCUCCUCCUUCUCCUCCAUUGAUAGCAUCACCACCUGCACCACCAAUAUCCCCUCCUUCACCCCUUGCUGGUUCACCGUCUUCGCCUCCACAAUCUUUGCCCUCACCGCCGCCACCUUCAGCAUCAACCUCCCCACCACCACAUUCAGCAUCCUCCUCUGCACCACCACCUUCAACAUCAACCUCUGCACCACCGCCUUCAACAUCAACCUCUGCACCACCGCCUUCAACAUCAACCUCUGCACCUCCGCCUUCAACAUCGACCUCUCCACCACCGCCUUCAAGAUCAACCUCUCCACCACCACGUUCAUCAACAUCACCACCACCUUCCUCUGCAUCACCUCCUCCCCCAAAACAAUCCGUUUCCUAUCCUCCUCCUCCCGAAGCUUCACCUCCCCCUUCUGAUUUAUCACCUCCGCCACCACCACCACCAGCAGGUGGUUCUCCCCCUCCUCUAUCCAAUCCUAGACCUCCACCUUCUACUCCCCCUCCCCCUCCCCCUGAUAUUAUUUCACCUUCUCCUCCUCCAUCAGCUAAUGUCCCAACGCCACCUUCAUCAACAGGAGAAUCACCGAAAGUAUCUCCUCCAUCCCACAAGGCAUCUCCUCCUCCUCCUGAUCAUAGCUCCCCUCCACCAAGAUCUACAGUACCAUCGCCCCCUCCUUCAGUCCCUUCAUCAUCUGCUCCUCCUCCAGUUAGUGAUCCUGGUUCUCCAACCAAUUCAUCAGGGGGAAGUCCUGUUGCCCCUUCAACUUCUGUUACACCAGAACGGCCAAUUCCAAUAAUCAAUGGUACCAGUGUUGCAACAAAUACCCCAACCACUGGUAAAAGGGGUUUCAGCACUGGAACAUUUGUGGCAGUUGGCAGCGUGGUUGGUGUUCUAGUGCUGAGUCUUGUUAUCAUGGCAAUUUGGUUUGUUCAGAAACGGAAGAGAAGAAAGAAGAAUAUCCCUUACACCGUGCCUUCUCCUUUUUCCUCCCAAAACUCAGAUGCCUUUUUCCUAAGAGCCCAUUCUUUAGCUAAUGUGGUUGGAAGUCGAACCGAUAGCGAUUUCAAGUAUGCGUCAUCAGAAGGAGGUGGAGUAGGUAAUUCAAGAUCGUUUGCUUAUGAAGAGCUACACCAGGCCACAAGUGGGUUUUCAUUGAAUAGUCUUUUGGGGGAAGGUGGAUUUGGUUGUGUGUACAGAGGCACCCUUGCAGAUGGACGAGAUGUAGCCGUUAAACAACUUAAAGUGGGUGGUGGACAGGGAGAACGAGAGUUCAGAGCUGAAGUUGAAAUUAUUAGCCGAGUACACCAUCGACAUUUGGUUUCCUUGGUUGGUUACUGUAUCUCUGACCAUCAAAGAUUGCUUGUCUAUGACUAUGUUCCAAACAAUACCCUUCAUUAUCAUCUGCACGGUGAAAACAGGACAGUUUUGGCUUGGGCUUCACGUGUUCGAAUUGCUUCUGGUGCAGCCCGUGGAAUCGCUUACCUACAUGAAGAUUGUCAUCCACGCAUUAUUCACAGGGAUAUUAAAUCGUCUAACAUUCUGCUUGAUAUCAACUUCGAAGCUCAGGUCGCAGAUUUCGGGCUUGCUAAAUUGGCAUUGGAUUCACUGACUCAUGUAACGACUCGUGUUAUGGGAACCUUUGGAUACAUGGCGCCAGAGUACGCAACAAGUGGGAAAUUGACCGAUAAAUCUGAUGUUUUCUCUUUUGGGGUUGUACUUUUGGAGUUAAUUACUGGUCGCAAGUCUGUAGAUUCUUCUCAGCCUCUAGGAGAUGAGAGCUUAGUUGAAUGGGCUCGACCGCUGCUGGCACAAGCUAUUGAGGAUGAGAACUUUGAAGAAUUGGUGGAUCCAAGGCUAGACAACAAUUAUGUCGACAGAGAAAUGUUCCGAAUGAUCGAAGCAGCUGCUGCCUGCGUUCGUCAUUCAGCCGUAAAGAGGCCAAGAAUGAGUCAGGUGGUGAGAGCUCUAGACUCUUUAGAUGAAAUGUCAGAUCUUUCAAAUGGGGUGAAACCUGGGCAGAGUGAAGUGUUUGAUUCAGCUGAACAUUCUGCUCAGAUUAGAAUGUUUCAGAGAAUGGCUUUUGGCAGUCAAGAUUACAGUUAUGGUUACUCCGAUCGAGAUCGAGAUCGGAGUCGAAGUCAUAGUCGAAGUCAGAGUAGCUGGAGUAGAGAAUCGAGAGAUCAAAGUCCAUCGGUGCCUAAUAAUCGAUCCCGGCACGUCUGAUAUGUGUGUAUGAAGCUCGUUUUACAUGUGUUGCAGAUUUUGGAGCUGGAAUCAGGUCCUACCGUUCAAUUCUUUGUAAAUCUCUGCUCAUUUAUUAUCAGUGGUAAGUAUAUGAAUUUUGAAGAAUGAUUCUUUCUUGGCAUCAUGUCUGAUUUUUGGGAUGAAUUUACUUCCCCAUAUCUUGUUUAGUUUCAAGGGCCGAGAGAUUUGAGUUUAAGAUUU